UAUUUGUACUUCUUAUCAGUUUUUGAAAUAUAAUUUUUAUCACCAAUUUAAAAUUUUAAUCUUGUAAAUUUAAUUCUAAAAUGACUACUCCAAGAUCAAAGUCGCCUAAACCUCAAAAUUCCUUUAGAAAAGAUGACAGCAAAGACGAGACGACAUUUUGGGACAAAAUUGGGACGUUAGGACGUAAAAAGCGAAUAAAGGAAGUGCAAGAAGUUCAGGAAGAGGGUAAAUAUGCUAUUGACUCACCAGGCAAUCCAGCUAUGGCUGAUGUUCCUCCUGAAGAAUAUACUCUUGAGGAAAAUGAAGAACGGACUAUGGUGGAACCAAAAUCCUAUUCUGAUCCUAAAUUACAAGAGUUAAUGAACAUAUUAAUCGAUUGGGUAAAUGAUGUAUUAGCUGAUCAUCGGAUCAUUGUAAAAAAUCUAGAACAAGAUCUUUAUGAUGGACAAGUUUUACAAAAAUUAUAUGAAAAAUUAACUAAUGAAAAGUUGGAUGUGCCUGAAGUAACUCAAUCUGAAGAAGGUCAAAAACAAAAGUUGUAUGUUGUUCUUGGAUCUGUAAAUAAUAUCUUGGGACUAACUGGUUAUAGAUUAUCCCAACAAAAAUGGAGUGUUGAAAGUGUUCAUUCUAAAAACCUUGUAGCCAUUUUGCAUUUAUUGGUGUCAUUAGCCCGUCAUUUCCGAGCGCCAAUUCGUCUUCCUGAAAAUGUCACUGUCAAUGUAGUGAUUGUGCAGAAGCGUGAUGGAGUGCUGAAGAAUCGAACUGUAAUUGAAGAGAUCACAUCUAGGUAUGAUGAUCUUGGUAUGAGAUGCGAGCGUGAUGCAUUUGAUACAUUAUUUGAUCAUGCACCUGACAAAUUAGAAGUUGUUAAAAAAUCCUUGGUGACAUUUGUUAACAAACAUUUAAACAAGAUUAAUAUGGAAGUUCAAGAUUUAGACACACAAUUCCACGAUGGUGUUUACUUGACAUUAUUAAUGGGAUUACUUGAAGGGUUUUUUGUGCCAUUAUAUUCAUUUCAUUUGUCACCUCAAAAUUUUGAACAAAAAGUUCAUAAUGUCAAUGUGGCAUUUGAUUUAAUGCAAGAAAUUGGACUAGCUGCACCAAAAGCUAGACCAGAAGACAUUGUAAAUUUGGAUUUAAAGUCAACAUUAAGAGUGCUGUAUAAUCUUUUCACCAAGUAUAAAAAUGUAUACUAAUCAAUCAAAUCAGAUCUAAUAUUUAAGUAUUGUUAAUUUUAAUAAAAAGUAACACUUAUUUAAGUGACAGUAUUGUUAAUCGCACACAAGAUAUAUGCACUUAAUUUAUGAAGAAAAGUAACUGACUUAAUAAUUAUUAAGCUAUUUACAAUCAUUAGCUUGACAAUCAAAAUUAUAAAUAUAUUUU